AUGGUUAAAUCUCGUAAAUUAAAAAAUACUGAUCGUCAAGAUUCAGUAGGUAUUCGAGCAAAAUCAGCUAUUUCUAUUGAGCCUCCAAAAAAAGUUAUUAGAGCACUUUAUGAUUAUGUUUCUCAGUCUUCAGUUGAACUUGCAUUUUCUAAAGGCGAUUUUUUUCAUGUAAUAGGUAAUGAAAAUGAUGAAAAUUGGUAUGAAGCAUGUAAUCCUGCAACUAAUGUUCGUGGUCUUGUUCCAGUAUCUUAUUUUCAGGUUUUAGGACGGACUGAGAAAGAUAGUUUGCAUAUUAAAAAUUCAGAGAAAUUAAACGAAAAAAAUCAUGUUACUGAGGCUCCUGUAAAGAAUCAGUCUUUAUAUGGGGUUGUUCAGUAUGAUUUUCAUGCAGAAAGGCCUGAUGAGCUUGAAGCUCAGGCUGGAGAAGCUAUUAUAGUGAUUGCACAGUCAAACCAUGAAUGGUUCGUGGCUAAACCAAUAGGUAGAUUAGGUGGUCCAGGUCUUAUUCCUAUUUCUUUUAUAGAGAUUAGAGAUUUUUCUACAGGGAAAGCUAUUACUAAUGUUCAAGAACUUGUAGAUAGCAUGGCAAUUCCAAGAGUUGAAGAAUGGAAGAAAAUGACUGCUGAGUAUAAGAAUAAUAGUAUUUCUCUUGGAAAAUUUAAUUUUGACGAGAAAUCAUCUAAUAAAAAUAAUUCUGUUUCCCAAAAUAAUCAAAGUGUUGAAUGUUCAAAGAAAUCUAUGCAUGAUAUUAAAUUGGUUUCUGGAUCUUUUUAUAAUAAUAAUAAUGAAUAUAUUUGUAUAGUUUCUUCACGUGUUAUUAAGCAUGUUUAUAUUAAUGAGGGAUAUCAAUAUCUUGUUCACGCUGAAAUGGAAAAUUCUCGUUAUCGCAGUUUAUUUAGAUAUUACGAGGAUUUUUAUAAUUUGCAAGUGAUGUUGCUUGAAGAAUUUCCUGUAGAGGCUGGUAGAACAGGUGAACGGCGUAUAUUACCAUAUAUGCCAGUCCCUUUAUCUUAUGUUGAUGAUCAAAUUUCUCAAAGAAGAUGUAUUGAUUUAGAUACUUAUUUGAGGGAUCUUUGUAGAUUACCUUCUUAUAUUAAGCGAAGUUCUUUAGUAACGGGUUUUUUUCUCUUGAGAGAUUCUGAUACAGAGUCUGAUACGCCUAUAACAACUCAAUUAUCUAGUCCUGAGUUUUCUGGAAAAGUAUUUGAAAAUUCCGAGUCAUAUGGUUCUUUUUUGAAUGAUAAUGAUAUAUCUUUAUUUUCGACUAGUUCUAAGAAAUCUAUUUCAGGAAAUUUAUCAUCAUCUAAUGCAUUUUCUUCACCUGUAUCUUCUGGGAAUUUUGGGUUUAGUUUUAACGCAAGACCUGCUGAGUCAGGAUAUGAUUCUGAAGUGUCUAAAUUGAGUGAAAUGUUUCAGAAUUCAUCAAUUUCAAAAAAUGAGUAUACUUAUCCUCAUGUUUCUCAAACUUUAAAAGAAUCUCAAACUCAGGGUUUAAAACUUUCACAGGAUAAUACUUUGCAUAGUGGAAUUUACUCGGAUUCUCUUUAUAUUAAAAUAAAAAUAUUUUUUGCAGAUGAUCUUAUUGCAAUUCGUGUACCACGGCAAAUUACAUUUAUUCAACUUAUGGAAAAACUUCAAGAUCGCUUAGGUAUUGUAAUAAAGUCUUUGCGAUGUAAAGAAAUGAAUAAUCAUUCGUGUUUUAUAAGAUGUGAUGAUGAUUUACGGAAUGCAAUAAAUCAAAAUUCAAAAUUGGUUUUGUAUGUUGAAUAA